AUGACUACCCGUGGCGGAGCAAAGAUAAGUAGCAAACAACAGAUGUCGGAGUUCGAGAUCUCCUUUGUAGAAGCAAUCGAGCCCGCCUUAGCGCAUCUCGACGCCCGAAAGAUCAAGGUCGCGGUCAACGCGGGAGCGAGUGACCCAAAGAAGCUACAUGAUCGCCUCGUAUCGAUAAUUCAUAAUAAGAAUCUCAAUCUCAAUGUGGCCUGGAUUGAGGUGACGAAGUUUCCGAUCUGCUGCAGAAGGCCGUGCAGUCCGGGGAAGAGUUCACCAACCUCACAACCGGUACGAGACCUUGUUUGGUGCAUUCGUAACCAUGCAAAUAUUGACGUUCAGGUCGGCCAGGCCAAAAGCUCGCUGACUGGGACUUUACCCCGAUUUACGCCUAAUGCUAUCUCGGCGCAUGGGGCAUUGUCGAGGCGUUCGAACAAGGGGCCGAUAUUGUUCUGUGUGGGAGGGACUACAAUUCCUCUCGCCCAUGCCUUCGUAGCGGGCCAUUUCCUCGAAUGUUCGACCUACGUCACGGGAGGCAACUUCUCCGGCUUCAAGUCUCUUCCCGGGAAAUUGGUCGACAUUGGCUUUCCCAUUGCUGAAAUCAGUGCCGCGGGAGACUUCGUGGUGACCACGCAGGAAAGCAAAGAUGGCAAAGUCACAGAGGAUACGUGCAAGGCCCAGCUCCUGUAUGAGAUCCAGGGCCCUUAUUAUUACAAUCCAGAUGUGGUCGCCAUUCUGGACAACAUCAUUAUUAAACAGCUGGCACCGAACAGAGUGUAUGUUCAUUGGGAUACUCGCUUCUGGAAACUGCUACUGAUGAAUGGCCAGUCAUGUCUCUCAUGUGAAAAGUCUCCCGCCGCCGCCGACAACGAAGAUGGGCAACACUGGAAUAAUGCAUUUCUGGAGAUUUCAUGUUGA